AUGCUGCUCCAGGUCUUCAAAUCGUUCAACCCCGCGAUCCUCUUUGCACCCCUCUCCUUCCGCAGUGAGCGGUUCCUGCACGUCCCAGCAGGCAAGAUCGUCGAGUAUGAGCCCGACCAGUCGCUCGGACUCAAGUCGGGAUUCCUUGCCGCCAUUAAAGACGAGGAGGCGCGCCGCAAUGCGUGCUACAUUCUUCUGGGUCACGGAGAGAACCUCCUCGAGAUCAUGAACCACCGGUUCUUCAAGGCAGACAUCGGCAAGGUCCUUCCCCAGGAAUGCCUCAUUGCCAAGGAUGAACUCGCCAACUUGUUGCGCACGCCGGAGUGGCUCCACGCCACUCCUUCUGAACAGGUGGUGCUCGAGCUGCUACAGCACGUCGAGAAGAUGGCCAAGCUCGUUCAACAGGCAACGUACUCGGCCAACAAGCUUACGGCCCGAGCAAUCGAGGCGAAGAAGGUGCCCCGCGAGAUCAUCUUCAAGCUGUACGGCCUUCCUCAGCUUGAUCACGUCGUGGACCGAUUCGAGGCCUUCUACAUCCACGAGAAGGUGUACCAAGCCGUCGCCGACUCAGUUAGGAAGUCGAUCACCGGCGCGGCCGUCAAGGAGCUCCUCGUCCGCGGGCCACUCGGCUGGGCUGAACUCUGGGUCGAGACCAGCGUCCGAGUCGUCGAGGAGUUUGAAACGAAGGGUGCAUUCGGCAGAGGCUCGGUAUUCAAGGAGUCGCCAGGCUACCCCCGAACCCACGACAAAGCUCGGGCCGUCGCCAUCGCCACCCUCCCGGCGUUGCACCGCCGCCGUCUCGACACCAUUGCCUCAAUGGAGAGCGCAAAGGACCGCUAUCGGGCUCGCAUUUCCUUGACGCCGGAGUCGCUUCUUGACGGCCUGUGGCGUGAGCUCCUCAAUGUCUGGGGUCCCGGUGGCACGGAGUCCUCUCGCGAAGACGGCGGCACCGCCUCAGGUCCCUCGAGCCGCAAGCGUCCAGAAAGGUCAUCGUCAGACCCACAGCCACGUCGGGCCAGUAUGCUUGACCGAGGCAGGCAGUUCGUUCGACGUAUGAGCGGGAAUGGGUCGGACACUAUGCAGACCGUCUCCACCUACUCUUCUGGCAAUUCAACUGCUGUCCCUCCGACCAUCCUGGCUCCCGACGUUUCCAUGACCGCCCGAUUCUCCACCACCGCCACCGCCACUGAGACGCUGGACAUGGACUACACCAGGCGCUAUCCAGUCAAGUGGACGGAGCACGCCGACCCAGCCGCCCGAGCUCGCGCCUACCACGCCUGGCGCUCCCGUGCAACCGGGCACAUUGGUCCCGCCAACGUGCCCGUGGGUUACCUGCCGACGACCGCCGAGCUCACGUUGGCCGGCUACUCCCCCGCGGCGGUGGAUGCCCUGUGGAGCACCGGCGAGCUGCCGACGGACGAGCAGGGCCCAGCCAAGUGGGAGCUGGCGUACGAGAUCUCCAAGGAUCUCCGGCCGCGCAAGGACAAGGAAUACCACGUCCACCGGACCACUGGACGUGGCCUCGUCAUCGUCCCUCGUAAUCGCGCCCUUGACAACUUUGACGUCGACAACCGACUCGAGAAGGCAACGGCGAAGCUCUGGGUCGUGAAGAGGAGGCAGGAUCGUAGUGGCGUCCGCUUCGAAGGCGACUACGUGAGCUCGUCUGAGGACGACCGCCCACCGUCGCCGGGUCACUGGGAGCGCCGCGGUAAGAGCGAGGCCAUCGACGCUCUCAACCGUCUACGGGCGCGUCUGGACAGCCGCCGCAAUGGCCAGAGGUCCACGCCUCCCCUCCGUCAAAUCCCGGGACCACUCCGCUCUCCCUUCGUCGGCAUCACUCCUCCUCCCCCAACCCGAGCCAACUCUGUCAGCGCGAUGCAGGUCACCGAUGUUGGCUCCGGGGGCAGGGCACGGGAGCCGGCCACGGCCGUCCAGGACACUGCUCCGGCUGGUCCCUCUCGGGAGACAACGACGGUGGGAAAGAAGCAGACGCCUCCUUCCUCUCCCCAGCGCUCGCGCUGGUUCAGCGACAACGCGGAGGCUGGGCCCUCGCGUCCGAAGCACGGCAAAUCUCGCAACUCUUCCACUGACAUUGCCACUGGGUCAGCCCCCCGUCCACGCACCACCAAGCCAACGGCGCCUCAUUCAUCCUCCAAGACAGACAACAAGGCCACGCCAAAGGGCAAGGAAAAGGCCGAGCCGCAGACACGGCCUGAACUCCGCCGGUCGGUGCCAUACAGCCCACCUGCGGAGCCCCCAAAGGUGCGGAUAUCUCAGGCGCCUGCGACAACGCGUGGCCUUGAUGUCCUCGCCCUGCCAUCUGGUACCGCUGUCGAGGCUGUGCGUCGACGAACGGGCGAUCUCUUCAUGGGUAGCGGCUUGCCCCAAGGGGAGGAGCAAGCGGGCACUUGGCAUGUGCUUAACAAUCCACCUCCGUCAUGGCGCGACAUGGCGACGACUUCACCUCACCGUGAGCGUGUCUCUAAGAACCGCUCGCGCUCGCGCAGGAUGCCUACAAAGGCCGAUGUCGACGAGAUGGACUCGAUGCUCAAGCACCUCGAUGACAUGGCCAAGCUACGUUACAAGGCGCUUCGAGGGGAGCUGGUACCUUUGCCAACUGCUCGCAACCGAUCGCCACCAGAUGCUCGCGAUGUGGUGACACCACGCAGUAGCCCACCUGAGGUCCCCGCCCCCACCGGUACCGAAACAGAUGACGAGUUCUUCGAGUGCGAAUCCUUCGGACAUCACUAG